CAAAGAAAAAUGACAGAAUUAGCAACAAAAAGUGAAAUAACAUUAAAAGGAAGUGCUCAAAUGAUUCAACAAUUUUUUCAUUAUGGAAUUCAUAGUAUUUUAUAUCAAAGGGGCAUUUAUCCGUCUGACAGUUUUACACGUGAGAAAAAGUAUGGAAUGACUUUGCUGGUUAACAACGACUCUAAAGUUCAGGACUUUCUUAAACCUUUGUUGGAACAUGUUGAGAUGUUGCUCGCCAAAAAGAAGCUGAAAAAAUUAGUUUUGGUAAUUACUGAUAUAGCUACAAAAGAAGCAUUAGAAAGAUGGCAAUUCGAUAUUGAGACAACCGCUGAUAUUGAUGAGAAAGGUUCUGUUUGUAAAGAUGAGAAGAGAAUAAAACAAGAAAUAUCUGAUGUUUUGAGGUUUUUUUUGAUUUAA